GUGGUGACUCAGCCCCAGGCCAGCUGCAGCGCAGCUGAUCCUGACAGUGACGACAGGGGACAGCCCCCGCACAGACGGGGCAGGCUGCGAUGCCGGGGCCGUGGAGGUGGGGACAGAGCUGGGCCCCCACCCCGGUUCCACAGGCCCUUGGGUGCAUGUGAGUGGGAACCCUGUGGGGGCUGGCCGCCUAGUAUGGGGGCCCUUGUGCCUGUGGGAGAGCCCUGGGAGCCUCAGCAAGACUCUCUCCUGCUGUGGUGCUGGGGAACCCUCCCUGGCCUCCCUGUCCCCCCAGCCCCGGGUCCUGGGGGCAGGGCAGGGCCUCCCAGCAGUUUCCUUCCUUCCUUUCUUGGGACUGAAACCUAGCCAGUACGGGGUGCCUAGCUGGGGCCUGAGCAGGGGAGGGGGACCCAGCAGCCACCUGCUCCCCAAAGUGACUCAGCCCCCCCCCGUCUCCACCCAUCCCUGGGGAGCUGGGGCCACUGUGGGAGGUGGAUAAAUGGGUGGUGGCCUGGGCUGGCUGGAGACUUUAGGCCACUUCAGCUGGACACUCGGUGCCUGCCACUUCUCUCCUGCCUCCCAUGGCCCGCUCUGGGGAUGCCACACCGCUGGCCCCAGCCCCAGGAGCCUCUCCACAGAGACCGUCCUGGGGACUCGCGCAGGAUGUCGGUGGGCCCCCGAGGGAGCUACGCCCUCGGCUCUGCCACCUACGGAAGGGCCCCCAAGGGUAUGGGUUCAACCUGCACAGUGACAAGUCCCGGCCAGGACAGUAUAUUCGCUCCGUGGACCCAGGCUCGCCGGCCGCUCACUCUGGCCUCCGUGCCCAGGACAGACUCAUCGAGGUGAACGGGCACAACAUUGAGGGGCUGCGCCAUGCAGAGGUGGUCGCCAGCAUCAAGGCGCGGGAGGAUGAGGCCCGGCUGCUGGUGGUGGACCCCGAGACGGACGAGUACUUCAAGCGGCUGCGGGUCACGCCCACUGAGGAGCAUCUGGAAGGUCCACUGCCAUCACCAGUCACCAACGGGACCAGCCCUGCCCAGCUCAAUGGUGGCUCAGCGUGUUCGUCCCGAAGUGACCUGCCUGGCUUAGACAAGGACACUGAGGUAGACAGCAGCACCUGGAAGCGGGACCCCUUUCAGGAGAGUGGCCUCCACCUGAGCCCCACGGCAGCGGAAGCCAAGGAGAAGGCGAGAGCCACCCGCGUCAACAAGCGGGCGCCGCAGAUGGACUGGAACCGGAAACGCGAGAUCUUCAGCAACUUCUGAGCCCCUCCCCGCCUGUCUGCGCGGCCCUCGGGCCCCGCCCCGCGGGCCCCGCCUAGAGUCCCCCAAGCCUCAGCGGACUGGAGGGGGUGCUUCCUCACCCCCAGAAGCUGUGCUGGUCCCACCACCACCCAGGAACCAAUGGGCGC